CAUAGUUAUUCAAUAUUAAACUACCACUGAGUUAUUUUCAAUAUAUCCUUCUUCAGUCAAGCCUGCCGACCCUAUCAUCAACAACAAGAAGAUCUAUCUGGAAACAAUGCAAUUGAUAUUGAUUGAGCAGGCCAGGAUACUCAGCCGACAAGAAGGCAUCCCCACGAGUCUGGAAAAUACUGUGCGGAGUCUUUGGUUUCGCUGGCUCGAGCUGUCGCAGCUGUGCAACAAGCAAGAUAAGCCACCGGGAGAUGGCGAGGUAGCCGGUGAAAAAGAUAAAGAUAAGAAAGCGCCUGAGGCCGAUGCGGAUAGUGACAGUGAUGAUGAGCAAGAUCCAGUGGAUCUAGAUGUAAACACUGAGUCAGAUCUGGAUGAUUUCGAUACGGACUACGAAUCGGAUGACUCACAAACCAAUGCAAAUAAAAUUCCCGUGCCAAAUAUCAAGGAGGACGAAGAUAUAGACACGGACGAAGAGAUGAGGAAGAUUGACGAAAAGAUAGGAAAAAGGCGCUACACAAAGCGUGCACUGGAGCAAAGAGAGUGUAAGAAGCCCAUAUAUGUUUGUAUUCGAAUAGAGAGUAAGACAAAUUCGUGUUUGAGAUAG